ACUUUGAUGAAGGUUGCAGCCCAGAACCUGAUUCAGAACACUAACAUUGACAACGGACAAAAGAGCAGUGAUGGACCCAUACAGCGAUUUGACAAGUGUCUAGAGGAGUUUUACGCUCUCUGCGAUCAGCUGGAACUCUGCUUGCGCCUGGCUCACGAGUGCCUUUCACAGAGCUGUGACAGUGCCAAGCAUUCUCCGACACUGGUGCCCACGGCCACCAAGCCAGAUGCGGUUCAGCCAGACAGCUUGCCCUAUCCUCAGUACCUGGCUGUCAUCAAAGCCCAGAUUACCUGCGCCAAGGACAUUCAUACUGCCCUGCUGGACUGUGCCAACAAGGUCACAGGCAAGACGACUGCAGCCUCAGCUGGCCCUGGGGGCAGCAUCUGACGUCUUGGUGGGGCAGAGAGAAUGAAGUAUGGCCUAAGGUAAAACAGGUGGCUCCUGUUUGAUUUGUCAUGCCAUAGCGAUGUAGCUAUAACCAGCAGGGGGCAGCAGAGAUUUGUAGGCAACAUAGGCCCACACUCCCCUCUGCUGCACCCAGGUGCUCUCUGUCCUUGGCUGGACCUCCCACCUGGGCCUCUGAAGACAUACACCCCACCCCCGCCUCUGUUCCAAGGGCUCUGACCCUCCCUUACCUCUGUCUCCCACCUGGCCCUGGGUGGGUGUGGCACUGAUGGUCUAUCCCGGUGUAUGCAUUCUUUUUUUAAACCCACCUUCCCCCAAUCCUGCCUCUACCAUAUGUACAUAAGGGGAACUAAAAUGUUGGGUUACCUGAGGCUACAGGAAGGGGCUUCCUGGCCCAGAAAAGAAGAAGUGCAGAAAUGUAAGCUCUGACCUUAGCACAUACAACCUAGGAGCAGUUCGGGUCCCAGCUAGUCCCUGCGUCAGCAGAGCUCUCGUGGGCAGCAUUGUGCAAUGUGUAGGGAGGCCUGCUCAAAGGGACUCCUAGGUCCCUAUAUUUUUAGCCCCAAAGCAGAAGUGAAAAGGCCCCAGUAGGAAUGAAUCAUGGGUUCUGGGGAAGAACCCAGCUCCUCCGGGAAACAGGCCCAGGAGAGGGGGCUUCAGGGAAGAAGGGAGAACCCCACAAGCACCCCACUUCCCAAGGACUUUGGGGAGCUCAGCCACAGCCUGCAGGCCUGGAGAAUGACAGAAUGUUUGGGGAACUGCCCCACCGAAUACCCUGAUUGCCAUGUCACCAACCAGUGGCCUCAUGAACUGGACCCUGAGACAUGGGGACCUCUGUGAUCUACAAGAGCUGAGGUUCCCACACUAGGAGAUCGGGAAAGCCAUCAAAGGGCCAGCACGUAACACUGCAUUCCUCUCGCUGCCUGCCUUCAGUGCCAGGAAGCCUGAGUUCUACCCCUUUGUCAUCCCCCUCCAGUUCCCCUAGGAUAAAAGUCCUUACUUAAAGUCA